CACUACUAGUAAAUAGUAAUGACAACGAAAGUUUGUAGUGUAAGCGAUUGAGUUUGAGUUUGAGUUUCCACAGUUGUAUUAAGUACACACACUGUAGUUCUAGUUCAUUCGUGGUCCCAUUUCCAUCACCACCACUACUAUACAUUAUACAAUAGUUCUUGCUUCUUAAUCAAUAAAUCUUUCACACUUUUAUUUCUAACUCUCAAACUUAGUUACAUUCAUUUUUAACUUACUCAGCCAAAACGGGUCUCCCUCUUUGGUUACUUGGUUUGGGUCCAGACCUCUUGUGGGCCGAUAUGAACCACCUCCUCUCCUUCCUCUUCCACCAGGGAGUGUUGGAUGAGCAAUUCUUGCAUCUCCAGCAACUACAAGAUGAAACAUCACCAAACUUUGUUUCCGAGGUUGUCAACAUUUAUUUCCACGAAUCCGAGAAGCUUCUUAGGAAUCUAAGAACAUUGCUAAUGGAGAGGGAAUAUUUGGAUUAUAAGAAAAUGGGGAUACAUUUGAAUCAGUUUAUGGGAAGCAGCUCAAGCAUUGGUGCAAAGAGAAUGAGUAACGUUUGCGUUGCUUUUCGUGUCGCUACUGAACAGAACAACCGUGCCGGAUGCUUUCGAGCGUUGGAAAUGCUGGAACAUGAAUAUUGCUAUCUCAAGAACAAAUUGCACGAACUGUUUCAAAUUGAACAGCAACGUGCUUUGGCAGCUGGAGUGAGGUAUCCAGUUCAGAAUGAAUAAAGUAAAAAAAAUUAAA